UUCGCCACCUAGCUGGAGUGAAGCGCCUUGCGUCCCCGGGGAGGACGAGCCCCCCCGCCAGGCUCCUGGGUGGCCCUGGCCCAGUCCCCAGGCAGCGGGAGAGGGGAAGGCUCCAGCGAGCGGGCGUCGGGGAUCCUGGCGCUCCCUUGUAGACUGACCCCGAGCACGAAAAGAUUCAACUACGUCAAAAGAAGAAUAUGUCAUUUCAUAGUUUUCCAAAUGAAGUACAGCUCCAACUCUGCCAGACCACAAUCUAUCGAGAGGCUGGAAAAACCACCAUCUCUGACAACUUAAAUUCUCAUUUCCUUGUAUUCAUCACAUUUACCUGCUGAAUCAGAAUCUGGUGGAAGGAGAGGGUGCCCAGAGAUGUGCAAGUUUCACAAAUUCUCCAGCUCCUGUGUUUCUGUUUCUCUGAAUUUGACUUCUCUAUAUACCUCAUGUUCUGAAGUCUCUCAAACUGAAUAGAACAGAAUAGGGAAUAGAACCCAGGAUGAUUCUAAGCAAUGCUUUAUACAGUGCAAGUUCUCUUCAUCAUUUCCAUAAAAGGUGCUCCAAUAUUAUCUCAAGGACUACGGCCUGAACAAGAACUACAGCUGUGGAAUGAGAUAGAUGAUGCCUGUUCGUCUUUCCUGUCCCUUGAUUCUCAGCCUCAGGCAUCCAAUGCACUGGAGGAGCUUUGCAUCACAAUUAGGAGGACUCUACCAAAGCCCCAGGAAACAGAUGAAAAAGAUAAUACCAAAAGGUUCUUAUUUCAUUAUUCGAAGACACGGAAGUUGGGCAAUUCAAAUGUUGUGUCGUCUGUCGUGCAUCCGUUACUGCAGCUUGUUCCUCACCUGCAUGAGAGAAGAACGAAGAGAUUCAGACUGGACUUUACUAAAGGGGAAACAACUCAGAAUAAAAAUCUUUCCCAAGACGAUGCUAGAAGAAUUCCAAGGUCCUAUUGCAAGCCAAGUUCGGAGACAGUUUUUAUUCAGGCCACGCAAUGGAAGAAGGUCAGAAGGUUACAUUUAAAAUGGACCAACAAUUUUCCACAGAAGCAGCAAAAUGUUGACAUUUUGUUUUCUUCUCAAAAACAAUCCUUGCUAAACUUACUGUAUUUGACAAUCCCUGUGUUGUAAACAUUCUCAAUAAAAGUUGGUUGAGAUUAUAAAA